AUGGGGAAGACAGGCAAAUGGCUUAGAAGCUUCUUGACAGGAAAGAAGGACAAGGAGAAGGACAAGGACAAGGACAAGGAAAAAUGUCCCACAAACCAGAGUUAUUCUGUUGCAAGUCAUGAGAAUCCAACAACUCCAAUUUCCAAUUCACAGACAACACCGAAAGAGAAGAGGAGAUGGAGUUUCAGAAGAUCAUCAGCCACAGCAGCAGCAGCAGCUCCAAGAGACUCCAGUUUUAUAGAUGCAAUGCCCACCACUCCACCGCCUAUGCACACCACAUUGGACUCUCAGAAUUAUGAGCAGAAAAAACAUGCCCUGGCUAUGGCUGCGGCCACAGCUGCAGUCGCUGAUGCAGCUGUGGCUGCAUCGCAAGCUGCAGCCGCUGUGAUCCGGCUUACAGCAGCUGCCAAUGAGAAAGCCAGUGCAUCUGAAGAGGCAGCAGCUGUCAAAAUUCAAUCUGUCUUCCGUUCAUAUUUGGCAAGAAAAGCACUGUGUGCCUUGAAAGGAUUAGUGAAGUUGCAGGCGUUGGUAAGGGGUCACCUGGUGAGAAAACAGGCCAAAGCUACACUAAGGUGCAUGCAGGCAUUGGUGACAGCACAGGCUCGAGCUCGGGCUCAGAGGAUCCGGAUGGCUGAAGAUGAAAAUACUGUUAUUCCUCCUAGACAUUCCACCCCCAGAAGAUCUUUGCAGGAAAACCGGUUCUGGCAUACAUAUAAUGAAAUGGACAGAGGCAUGGAGGAGAACAUUAAGAUUGUGGAGAUGGAUCUUGGAGAGUCAAAGGGAAUUUUGAAGAGCAGAAAUAGCAGCUAUUCAAACCUCUCACAAACAGAGAGAACAGAACACAGAUUUUCCACUCAGCAUGCACCAAAUCAAGCCUACUCAAACCAAGACAGCUACAACCAGCUCUCCCCAGCUCCAUCAGCUCUCACUGACUUGAGCCCUGGAGCCUGCAGCGCACAUAUUGAGGACUAUUCUUUCGGCACAGCACAAAGCAGCCCUCAGUGCUAUUCUGCCAUGUCCAAACUUGACCCAUCAAGAGCACCCUUUGCUUUUCCUAGGCCAGAUUAUGGAGAGCCUCUGUCCUAUGACUACCCUUUGUUCCCAAAUUACAUGGCAAACACACAAUCCUCAAAGGCAAAAGCCCGGUCGCAGAGUGCACCAAAGCAAAGGCCUGCAGAUUCAAUUGAGAGGCAGCCAAGCCGGUCGCGGAGGGUGUCCAUGGAAGGAAGGAACAUCCCAAGGGCUGUGAAGAUGCAGAGGUCAUCUUCUCAUGUGAGUUCAACUGCUCAGAAUUACCAGUAUCCUUGGUAUAUCAAGCUUGACAGGUCCACCGUUUCACUCAAAGAAAGUGAAUGUGGCUCCAGCAGUACAGUGCUCACAAACACCAACUACUGCAGAUCUCUUGUUGCAUUUGAUGCACAUGGAAGUAGGUACUAA